AUGUUGGCUCGACUUUGCACUCAAAGGUUCCUGACAAAUUCGUCGAUUCGGCUUUUUUCAGUCGCCGCGCCGGUUCAAGUCGAUAAGGAGGCUUGUUUUCAAUACAACUUAUUUUUUAGUUAUGAUAUGUCAAUUUUCAGUCUCUGAUGAAGUUGCGGAAGAGAACCGGCUACAGUUAUGUGAACUGCCGGAAAGCUUUGGUCCAAUUUGGGCCAGAUAAGUUGGAUGAGGCCGAGAAAUGGCUCCGAGAAGUGGCCGUGAAGGAAGGAUGGGCCAAAGCUGCAAAGUUUAUAUUUAUUGAAUGUAUUUUUUCGAUGUUGUACUCUGUUUUAGGCUUGAUUCAUAUAGUCUGUUCAGAUUUUGAAUGUCAACCAGCUAACUCCACCCCUGCUGAGACGGUACCUUUUCGCGUCGAUGUUUUUUUCGCGCGGGACUAAUUUUGAUCUUUUUUGAUCUAAAAGAUAGAAAAAGAAGUCAAAAAUGCAGCCUUAUUAAAGGGACAUCGUCAUCUGUAGAUAAAACAUUGACGCGAAAGAUAUUGUAGCCUUGGGGGUGGAGUUAGCUGCUUGACAUUUAAAAAUCUGAACAGACUAUAGAUUUCGAAACAAAAAAAGCGUUCAAAAAAAUAGAAAAUUUCUAAUAAAAAAAGCUUCGAAGUUUUUUCCCCAUAAAAUAUCGUUUAUCAAAAAGGCUUCAUGACGGUUUUUGGGUCCAAUUCGCUUCAGUUUGGCCUGAAAGCAAAUAAAAAAAUCGAGAUUAUUUCAGUUAGUAUGAUUUUUCGUUGAAUACUCAGUCAACAACCGAUCAGGCAACUUCAAAAAAAUCCCAAUUUUUUUAAAGACAGGAAAUUGUAAACAAAAAAAGAAAAGAUAUUUAGAGAAAAAAAUUUCAAAAAUUCAAAGGAAGUUUAUUUAAAAACUACCGAUUUUUUUGAACUUAAAACUUGGAAAAGUUUUUUUAAAAUAUCACUGAAUUUUUCUUUUCUUUAAAUAUAUUUUUUUCUGAUUUUUACAUGAUUUUGAAACACAUAUCUUUAAGUUCCUAAUGAAAAAAAGACUGUACAAUUUACGUUUCAAGCUCAUUUUAAAACUUGUCAACUUGGAAAAAAGAACGUUCGUAUUCAUACUGCGUAAUUCAGCAAAUUAGAAAGGCUUAGAAAAAUAUUAUUUCAACAGAGAACAAAACUAGGUUUUGGAAUUUCGCAUAGUUUUCUGUAUUAAAACAUUAUAUUUUUCCUGAUUUUUUUCGUUAAAAAAAAAUCGUUUUUUUAUGUGUGAUUUUGUUGAAAUCCAAAGAUGAAUCGAGAAGUCGAUACAAGUAGCUACCGGGUAGCAACUUUUGAAAAAGUCAAUCGGCGUAUGGUAAUCGGUGGUCGUUUGUGUGCGACCAGGUACUAUAGCCCGUUUACGGCUGGCUUGGGACAGCGAACGGGCGGUUUUACUUGCGCGGCGAUGGUAGAUCACGGCGGUCAAAUAUGCGCCUUUAAUAAGAGUCUCAUUUGGUGAAUUAUUUCUGUUUCUCUUGAGUUUAUUUUAUGUUGGCAUUUAUUUUUUUGGUUUUUAGAUUUUCUCACAUCGACGAGUGAUAAGAGAAAAAAUAUAAGGGCUUUGAUGAAAGGCGCAUGGAUAGCCGCCAUGAUCUACCUUCGCCGCGAAAAUCAAACCGCGCGUUCGCUGUCCCAAGCCAGCCGUGAACGGGCUAUAUCUCUAUGGUACCUGGGUCGGAGGUCGAUGCAAGUAGCUACCGGGUAUCUACCUGACAUUCGCGAUUUCUUUCGGAAAGUCUGGAAUCGCUUCCCGGGUCGUCAUUUUUUGUUUCAGUCCAAUAAGACCCUGGAAGACUUGGGAAGGUGUAAAAAAACACUGACGGUAUAUAAACGACCGAUGUGCCAGCCAGUAGCAAUAGCGAGUUUUGGGUACCUACCCGGUAGCAUCCAGAUACCGACCAGGUACUAUCCAGGUACCAUAGAGAUAGUACCCGGUCGCAUAGAAAUGACCACCGAUUACGAUUCGCCGAUUGACUUGAGUUGCUACCCGGUACCUACUUGUAUCUACCUCUCGAUUCACCAGUACCCGUCUUAUCUCUCCUCAAAAUGUAUUAUUUGCUCGUAAUUCACGGAACCUUAUAAAUUAAAUUUUAAGAAUUCAUAUAUUAUACUUCGAAAUCAUCAGAAUAACGGUUAAAGUUACGUUUCAUUUGCAUUUUAUAGUUUUUAUCAGCUAACAAACAACGUUUCUGCUCUAGGUCUGCAUGAAAUCCUCAUUUGGAAUUUUUCAAAAAAAAAAGUUAGUUCCUAAUUUUUCCAGUGUUUUAUUUGUAUUGAAAUCAUAUUCUUCUUUUUUUAUGAUUUUAAAAUUCAGUCAAAAAUCGUAAUAUGUAAUAGAAAGGAUUAAUAAAAGUUAAGAACCUUUUUUUUUUUGAUAAUUUCGAAAAUUUUUAAGUUUUUUGAGUUUGCAACUUCUUUUCGAUCGCUUUGAGGAGGCUGAACAUGAAAAUUUUGACUUUAAAGGAUAUUUAUAAUUUUCGGUUGAGCUUUUCAAAAUGAUGACAGAAAGCUGCUCAAAAUACGUUUCAGAAUGAUGUCAAAAAUUUUUUUUUUCUUCUAAAAGUCAGUUCUUUCAAAGACACGACUUGAAUUUGUUUGUACAGACUUUGGAAAUUAUCUUUUUUCUCCGAUUUUUCUCUUUAUAUUAUGUUCAAUUUUAGUCCAUUGACCUCUAAAGUGGCCACUAAAAUUUUUAGUGGUCUUUUAGUAGCCUCUAUAGUGGCCACUUAAAAUUCUCCGAGGUGACUAUUUCAAAAAGUUGACCUGGGAGAAGAAACGAUUUUUUUUUAAAAUUAUACGAAUUUCUCCCGAUUUUUUUUUACCCCGUAUCAAUUUUUUGUUGAGUUCCUUGAUAACUGAGGCUUCGAAAGACCUGAAUUUUUUCACUAGUUGGAUUGUUUUCCUCAGAAAAAAUGAUAGAAGAAAAAAAUUAGUGGAAAAAUAGUAGUUUGGUUGAUCGUAUACGAAUUUUUGCAAAUUUUUGUUUUUUAUAAUGUUUUUCGACCAUUUUUUUCUUUGAAACGUUGAAUACUCAGUCGUGAGCUUCCAGGUGCUCAAAAAUCUCAAAUUCGAAAGAUUUAUACAGCUAUACUUCAGAGAAAAAAGGAUGGAAAAUGAGACAGAUAUGUAAAUAAGAGUAGUAUUGUACGAGUUUUUCCAGAUUCUUUUUUAAAAAUAUUCGGUUUUCCCUUUUUUUCAGCCCAUGAGACACUCAAGUUUUUAAAAGUCCUAUAUUUUUUUCAAACCGAUUUUUCACAGACGAUAAGAGAUAGGAAAAAAACUAGUGGAAAAAAAAUAGUAGCUUGGUUUAUCUUAAACGGAUUUUUUUGCAAAUUUUUUUGAUCAAUUUUAAUGUUUUUUUGUAACGAUUUUUCCUCCUCAAUUCGUUGAAUUCUCAGUCGUGAGCUUUCAGGUGCUUAAAAAAAUCUCAAAUUAAAGAGAUUUGUAAAACUAUACUUUGAAAGGAGAAAAUAAUUAAAGAUAGUAGAUAAUUGUGAAUAAAAGUGAUUUUGGUUCAUUUUCUACGAUUAUUUUUAUCUUUGUUUUUGGUGGUAUGAAAAAAAGAUCAGCGAUUUUUUCAUGUCGCUGGGGGAUUUUCCGAUGGACACCUUUCCGCCGAAUCUUUUUCCUACUUUUUUCCCAUAUAUUAUUCGGUUUAUAAAACUGUUAAAUAAAAAACUGUUUAUUGCAUCUUCAAUGUAAGAGUACAUGUGCAAUCGACUUUCAUUGAUUUGACUGUGUUUAAACGGCGGCAGGAGCUGUGGCUUAGGCAGAGAAGUUGUGAAUUUCGCUCGUAGAACAUCAGGUACAAGAGAGGUCGUAGGAAGAAGUACGGUGCCGGCUUUCCAAAGGCCGAUGGCAGAGAUUGAGCCUUUUUCGCUGCAUGCAGCUCCCAAAUUUAUCUACCCCGGAGGGAUGAAAGGCUUGGUCGACCUCGGGGGGACUCGAACCUACGACCUUGCGGACGUAGAAAUGAGUUAUGCCAGCUGAGCUAUGCCGCCCCUAAAACACCUGUAAACAUUUUUUUUUUAUUAUUUCGUUGUGUUUUAACCAUGAAUAACUUGCCUACUUUGUAUAGGAAGAUUUAAAACGAAAAGUUUAUCGAGAAAAAAAGUCGGAAAGGUGGCCGUCGGAAAGUUCCCUAGAGAUAUGAAAAAAUCGGAAAAAUUUGAAUUUUGGCUGGUCUUUUUUUCAUACCACCAGAUAUUUGUGAAUAUAAGGAAUUUCGGUUCAUUUUCUACGAUUUUUCAUCAUUUUAUCGAUUUUGGAUCCCAUAAAGUUCAGACUGAGUAACCGCGCAACGACCCAGGGGUUGGUCGGCGUCGCUUCUGCCGGAAAUGUCGCCGCCGUCGUUGAACUCAGUUGCGAGACGGACUUCGUCGCCCGCGGGGCUAAUUUCAAAGAAUUGGUGCGGGUUUUCCUGCAAUUUCCCUUUCAAAAUUUUGAAAUAAUGCAAGAAAAGUGUAGCCGUGAAACAGUUGGAGUCUUCAGAUUACGAAAAAAAAAUUAUUUUGAUCAAAAAUAAGCUUUACAACAGCUAAAAAAGCGUUUUAGAAUCGGCUAAAUUGCAAAAAGUAUAAUUUGUGUUGGUUUCUGAUCAGUUUUGAAGUUUUGUUGCGCCUAUUCUUGAAGUUUUCUCUUUUCCGGCUUCAGAAUCAUAGAAAAUUCUUUAUUUUCAUCAUUUUUCAGCUCGAAAACGGACAAAAAACGUUUUGUAACCUACAUUUUUCAAUUUUUAACUUCAAAAAUCGAAGAAAAAUUCAACGUUUCCAUCAUUUUUUUCAUGUAUUUUUUUCAAAUUUUUUUAACUUCAAAUCAAUGGAAAAAUUUUUUUAAUUUACAUCAUUUUUUUCAGCGCGAAAAACUGACAGAAAAGCUCUUAAACAUGAUUUUUUCCAUUUUUUAACUUCAAAAUCAUGGAAAAUCCUUCAUAUUUAUCAUUUUACAACUCGAAAUUUGGCGUAAAACGUUUUUGAAAAAAACGAUUUUUUUCCAUUUUUAACUUAAAGAUAAUGGAAAAUUCUUCACUUCCAUCAUUUUUUUCAGCUCGAAAUUCGAUGGAAAAAUGUUUUUCAAACAUGAUUUUUUUCUCAUUUCUAACUUCAAAAUCAUGAAAAAAAUUCUUCCUUUUCAGCUCGAAUUAUUGACAAAAAAUGCUUUGAAAAAUAUUUUUUCUCAUUUUUGAAAUCGAAAUCAUAGGAAAUACUUCAUUAUCAUCAUUUUUCAGCUCGAACAACUAACAAAAAGCGUUCUGAAACACGCGAAAAACAACAUUUCCCAUCAGGGAUCCGGGAAAAUUGCCGUCGCAGAGUAUGGUCUGUUGGAAAGUUCCAUUUUUGCAUACUAAAAAAAAGUUUUUCAGAUUUGGAAACCUUGAAAAAUGAGGAAGGCAAAACAUUACGUGAGGUGGUGACGAUGUCCGUCGGCAAACUCGGCGAAAAUAUCAACCCAAAAUCUUUGAAGGCCUAUUUUGCGCCCCAGGGAGCUUCCUUGUAUGGAAAUUCCCAUCCCAAAGGUUUUUUUGAGGAAGAAAAUUGAGCGAAAAUGAGAUUUUGGUGACUUCUGAUGCUUUUAGGCCAAUCCAGCGUUUUUUUAUGAUUUUAGAGCAUCUUUCAAGCUUCUUUUUAAGGAAAUUUUCAUUCUUAAGGUUAAUUUUAAGGGGAAAAAAAUGGUAUUUAUCGGAAAAUCGGCCUUAUAAGAAAGAAAAAAACUUGGAAAAAUUGAGCAAAAAUGAGGUUUCGGUGACUUUUUUUCUGAUGUUUUUUUAGGGCAAUUUUGCUUACUUUUUAUGAUUUUUAAAAAAAUUUUUUUCAAGCUUCAAGAAAAUUCUCAUCCUUAAGAUUAAAUUUGAAGGAAAGUUGACCUUUUUUGAGAAGAAAAAAACCAAGAAAAAUUGAGAAAAAAAUUGAGGUUUUUUUCUGAUUUUUUUCUAAUACUUUUUAGGGCAUUAUAGCUUAUUUUUAUGAUUUUAGAGCAUUUUUGAGCUUUUUUUUAUGGUCAAAGAUUAAUUUUGUGGGUAAAAUGGUCUCUAAAAGAAGAAAAACUAAGAAAAAUGAGCAAAAAUGAAGUUUUGGUGGCUUUUUUUGAUGUUUUUAGGUCAUUUCAGCUUAAAUUUUAUGAUUUCAGAGCAUUUUUGAGCUUUUUUUCUAGGAAAUGCUCUUUCUUAAGGUUAAAUUUAAAGGAAGAUUGGCUUUUUAGGUAGAAAAACCAAGAAAAUUGAGCAAAAAUGAGGGUUUUUUUCUUAUACAGUUCGUAGGAAUAAACGACUAGCGUGACCCCUAGAGGGGCCACUUUUGCACGUUUGAGUGGUCCCUAUAGGGGAGGUGAAGCGGAACCUUUAAGGGCCCCUAUAGUGAUCACUUGUAGGAGCAAUUUUUUCCAUGACUCCUGGAAUUUUGGUUUUUUCGAAGAUUGAUUCUGAACGAAUGAUUCUUUGAUUUCGGAAUUUUUUUAAAAAGGACAUAGAUUUCUCAAUAUUCCCAAAGAAAAAGAAGAAUUUUUCCAGACGGAACCCCAGAAGUGAACAUGGGCCGUUUCGUCUCCCUGAUCGCCCUGAAACGAAAUGAAAGGCCCGGAAUUUUUCCCCUCUGA